AUGUCUUUAAGGUCUCAGUUGUUCAAAUUUGCUGGUGUUCGUUGUAAUUCAACGCUGCCCAAUGCAGCAAUUCCUCCCAAGUAUACACUAGCCACAGUCAGGGCAUUCCCAUCCUUAGAGCCAUUGACAUUUACUCCAGUACCCACAAAUGUGUUAGCAGCCCCAUUGAGAAGAGAUAUAUUAUGGCGAGCCGUUGUAUAUGAAAACGAUAAUAAACGUGUAGGUUCUUCCAAUCCUCCAGGUAGAAGUGAUAAUGGUUAUUCAAGACGUAAACUCUUUCCACAAAAGGGUACUGGUAGAGCAAGAGCAGGUGAUGCUAAUUCACCAAUAAGAUCUACAGGUGGUAGAGCACUUCCAAGAAAAGCACCAAACGAUUUCUCCACAGAAUUACCUUCCAAACUUUAUUCUGCAGCUUUUAGAAAUGCAUUGAGUUAUCAGUACCAACAGGGAAAGCUAUUUGUGAUUGGUGGUCAAAAUUUAUUACAAGAUACUAAUGAAUUGGAUUUGAACGAAUUGGAAAUUCUACCAAGGGAUCCUGAAUCAAAUGAUGGUGAUCUUAUCUUCAAGAAAUUUUUAAAAGAGUACAACCUACAAAAAAAGAAACUUUUAUUCAUCGUUAGUGAGCCAAGAGAAAGUCUUUUACAAUAUACAGAAGAAUUCAAAGAAAAUGUGGAUAUUGUUCAGCAGGAAUUCAUUGAUGUUAACGAUAUACUUAAGGCUCACAGAAUUUUUAUCGAACUGGAGGCAUUGGAAUACCUGGCGGUUACUCACACUUGA